CAUCAUCCUAUUGGCUCGGAAGCUUCCGGCUUCUUCCUCUUGGAUGAGAUUAGCGAGACAGCUCAAAUCAAUACUACCAUGAGUAUAUAUUUGGAUUAGAUAGAAGGUACAUUUCCCUUCUUAGACACUCUUACUCUUUGCCUUAACGUGUCGUCUCGUAUUUACCGUGUGGGAUUAAUUAGGAACUGCCGACAGUCAACUCCAGUAGAUUAUUUAGCUCGAAGCGGAUUGCAGCCAUGAUGGCGUCAAGCUACAACGCUAAGGAAGAGGACGGAAACCACCCGGGUGCUGCGAAUCACGCAGGGGCUGGGGUUGUAAAAAGUAAAAAGCCGGACAACACAGCGUUUAAACAGCAAAGACUACCAGCCUGGCAGCCCAUCCUGACAGCAGGCACCGUGCUGCCUGCUUUCUUCGUUAUCGGUCUUAUCUUUAUCCCCAUUGGCAUCGGCCUGUAUGUCACUUCAAACAACAUCAAAGAGUUCGAGAUUGAUUACACUGGUGCGGACAUUAACAAUCCAUGCUACAACUGUGCUAAGAACUUCAGCUGGAACAGCACAACACAGUGUGUCUGCUCUGUGCCCUUCACAUUGGAACAGCCAUUUGAGAGCAAUGUCUUUAUGUACUAUGGCUUAUCCAACUUCUAUCAGAACCACAGACGCUAUGUGAAGUCCAGGGAUGACAGCCAGCUGAAUGGUGACCGGUCUGCUUUAAAGAGCCCCAGCAAGGAAUGUGAACCGUACCGUACAAGUGAAGGACAGCCUAUUGCUCCAUGCGGGGCGAUAGCUAACAGCCUUUUCAAUGACACUCUGGAGCUGUAUCAUAUUGAUUCCAAUGGUAGCAGAAAUGAAAUUCCUCUGGUAAAGAAAGGAAUUGCGUGGUGGACGGACAAACAUGUGAAAUUCAGGAACCCUGGAGGAAACGACAACCUUACUGUAGCUUUCCAAGGCACAUCUAAGCCGGUGAACUGGAGGAAGCCAGUGUUCGACUUGGACCCAGAAGAUCCUGACAACAACGGCUUUAUCAACGAGGACUUCAUUGUGUGGAUGCGCACGGCUGCGUUGCCUACCUUUCGCAAGCUCUAUCGCAUCAUCCAAAAGAAGUCUAGCACGACCCCCACUCUACCCAGUGGCAAAUACGUCUUGAACAUCACUUACAAUUACCCCGUGCUCAGCUUUGAUGGUCGCAAGCGGAUGAUCCUGAGCACCAUCUCCUGGAUGGGAGGGAAGAACCCCUUCCUUGGCAUUGCCUACAUCACUGUGGGCUCCAUCUGCUUCUUCCUGGGUGUGGUACUGCUCAUCAUCCACCAUAAAUAUGACACCCGCAACAACAGUGCAGAUAUUCCAAACUAAACUGUUCUUUUAUCACGUUUUCUUGUCUAUGCAUGCAUGGGUGACCCCAACGGGUCCCUUUUGGGCUGCUUGUUGACUUUAGCGUGAAUACACUGGUCUCUGUAAUUGUUGUAUGUUUGUGUAAUGACAGCAUUGUCUUCAGUGUCUCAUCAAAAGCUGUGUUUUUGUGUAGGGCCACUAAGGCAAAAGAAGGAUGCUAGAGUCUGCGUCUCUGUGCAUAAAGCUACAAGUCAGCUUCUGAGAAUGUCAUUUCCUGUCUUCAAAAAAAUGUAUUUAUCUUCUAUUUAUCUAUAAAAUAUCAAAGUAUCUGUUUUUAUUUUAGCAGUGCUUUGCGAAUGGCUAAUUACUGAAGGAUGUAUGUAUUUUUAAUGCAAGUUUUUGUCUGUAUUAUGUACUGUAGUAUGUCCUGCUGAUGAAUGUACCAUUAUAUUUCAUUAACAUACCUCCGUGGAUUUUGAGAUUACCUUGAAUAUAAGAUGGGGAAAUCAUUGCUUGUGUGCUGUUAAUUAUCGAAAGCACCACUGAUAUUUAACAAGAAGUAUGUUAUCCUUGCAGAGUCAUAGAAUACUCAUGACGAGUAGUACAAAAAGUGUGGUCAUUUACCCUGUGACUGCUUGUAUAGAGAGACUCAGCCAGUCAUAAGGCAUCUUUUAAAUGUACAAUCUGAUGCGUAAUAGUGAUUGGAACAUUAUUCUACACAACUAUAGUCAGUAUUUGUAAUUCUAAGACUCUGGGCAGUGUCUCAGGCUGAUUAGAGCACAACAACUAUUUAAUUUCUAAAGUUUGGCCUGAGUGUUAGAUUAUCUUGCGUUCUUCAAUGUUGACCAAAUGAUAUGCACUUUAAAAGUGUCACAUUUGUUAGUUUCCCUCCUUGUUUCACUUCAUCUUCUGUUACAAUAUUGCAUUCUUGAUUUAUUAAGUAAAUUGUUUAAAUUUGAAAUUUAUGGGUUUUUAUAAGGUUUUUAGGGUCCAAUUAAACAACUUGGUGAAUGUA